CUCCUUUAUUAAUGAAUCUAUAUUUACAUAUAAACUAAUUUAAAACAUUAAAAAAGAGACCCCUUAAAACCACUGUUACUAGAACAAGACACAAAUUAAAACAAAAUACAUGGCUUGAUGCUUUCCAGUUCCCAUUAAUUUAUCAAUUUAAGUUCACGGAGCCCAAGUCUACAACUCGUCUUCAUGUGAUGUGCCUCUCUUCUCCACGCCUCAACGUUCACCUGCACUCUUUGUCUCAGAGACCGAGCCAGACAUCCCCCACUUCUCCCAACCUGCCGACACUGCCUCCCCCUCAUCACCUCACCGUCCAUAGUACAUACAUAAAUCCAAAAAUCUCACUCAUCUCAUCUAAUAAUAUAAUAUACAUAUAUAUAUAUAUGUAUAUGUAUAUAUAUAUAUAUAUAUGUAUACACAGAGAUAUCAAACACAAACUCAACUAAUUAAACACAACUCCUUCGAUCAAAAUGCUGCACUUAAUACUCCUCUUGUCACUAUCUUUCCAAUCUCAAAUGCCUUCAAUUCUGUCCACAACCUUCACACUAACCAACAACUGCGCCCAAACCAUCUGGCCAGGCAUUCUCGCCAACGCCGGCUCAACUCCACCAGCAUCAACCGGGUUCGCACUCAACCCAAGCACGUCAAGAUCCAUAGUCACACCAGCACCAUGGUCGGGCCGCUUCUGGGCGCGCACGCUCUGCUCCACCGACCAAUCCGGACGGUUCACGUGCGCCAGCGGUGAUUGCGGGUCAGGCACGGUCGAGUGUUCGGGCGGAGGUGCGGCCCCGCCCACGACACUGGCCGAGUUCACACUCGCAGGCGGAGAUGGGACCAUGGACUUCUACGAUGUUAGUUUGGUCGAUGGGUAUAACAUUGCGAUGCUGGUGGAGCCCAAUGGGUCGAGCGCGAGUGCGUGCGCUGUGACCGGGUGCGUGGCUGAACUUAAUGGGGCGUGUCCGGUGGAGCUCAAGGUUGGGGCGGGGAUUGCGUGUAAGAGCGCGUGCGAGGCGUUUGGGACGGAUGAAUACUGUUGUAAUGGUGUGUAUGGGAACCCAAACGCGUGUAAACCGACGGUUUACUCAGAGUUUUUUAAGCGGGCGUGUCCGAGAGCGUAUAGUUAUGCGUAUGAUGAUGCUACGUCUACGUUCACUUGCUCGUCUGCGGACUCUUAUGUGAUUACGUUUUGUCCUGGUUUGACAACGAGGGUGAAAUCGGAGGGGAGAGAGAGUUCGGGAAUAAGGCCGUUGAUUAAUGAUUCGAUGGUGUUCUUGGGAGUGCGGACUAGCUCGGCGGUGGCGAAGGAUGUGACUGGGAUGGUGAUUGUGGGGUUUGGUUACUUGUUGGUUUGGGUUUGUUAUGACCGGUGAUCUCUUGCUCAGAUUUUGAUUGGGUGUAGUUGGAGGAUCUGCAGUUUUUUUAUUUCAUGUUUCUUUUGGAAACUGCGAUUUUUUUUUUAUAUAUAUAUAUAGAUAAUACUACUGGUCUAGUGGGUGGUUGGCUGGAAAUUGGGUGCAUCUAGCUGGUUUUUCCUCUUUUUUUUCUCACUGUUCAAAAGGAAAUAUCUUCAGUUUAUUUUCCAUC